AUGACUGUCAUGAAGCCAUUGACCUCGAUCACUGGUGCCAACCGCACCGGCAGAUACCGUCUCCUCAUUGGUGCCCGGACGCAAGAGAAAGCCGAGGAAGCUAUCAAGAAACUAGGCAAUUCCUCCAACAACUUUGCACCAGUGAUACUAGACCUCAACAGCGACGUAUCUAUCAAAGCUGCUGCCGCCUUCAUUCAGGCACGGUUCGGUUCACUCAACAUUCUUGUCAAUAAUGGCGGCGUCAAUCAAUCAUCUGAUCCCAACGCCACGCUUCGUGAGACCUACCGCGCAGUGUUCGAGACCACGUCUUUGGGGUGGCUGUUUGAAACCGCCCUCAACAUGAUCAAAGCGGUGGAUGCGGUGCGCCUGCAGAAGGAGAACAUUCUCUCAAUCGUGGUUUGCCCGGGUCACUGUCGAACCGAAUUUGAGGGAGGCAACGGUGUCAAGUCUCCUGAGGAGGGGGCACAGCCGAUUGUCCGCGCGGCAACAAAGGGGCCUCCAGAAGAACUGUUCGGAAAGGUUGUGGAAGAUGAAGGGUAUUUUGUGGAGUUUGGGUGGUAG